GUUAAAGGGGCAAAGAAUAAACGACAAAAGACCCAAGCCAAAAUCAACUCGAUGCUUGAUGCAAUUGACACGGAGAAUCAGUCUUCCACCACCAAGAGGAAAUAUCCUAUUCUACGUAUUGUUGUGUCAUUUCCACUUGUCGCCGACUUCAACUCGAGAGCUAAGAAAGUUCGGGAUGCAUUGAACGAAGAUCAUCAUCCUCUGGCUCUAUUAUCUACAAGUGCCUUGACCUCUGUGCUCGCCACCAUUCCUGAAGGUCUCUCUAUCGCCAAGCAGUUGAGGGAUGAUCUCAAGAGGAAGAGGGAAUUCAACCAGGGUGACUCAGGAGGGCCGCCUCUAAAGAAGCGUAAAUAG